AUGCCGCCCAUCACUUUCUCAGACUCUGACUUUCAGGGUACCGACCCCAACCAAGACGACCCCAUGGUCAUAACUGUAGAAGUCGAGAACUUUGCGGUAAAGAAGGUUCUCAUUGAUCAAGGGAGCUCCGUGGACAUCUUGUAUUGGAAAACAUUCAACAAGAUGCAAAUACCCCUCGCUGACCUAACCCCUCACAAUGAGCCCAUAUACGGAUUCUCAGGUGAGAGAGUCCCCACCAAAGGGUACAUCGACCUUCACACAACGUUCGGAGAGGGAAGGCAAACCAAAACCAUUCCCAUUCGCUACUUGGUCGUCGACGCCCACACGUCCUACAACAUCCUCCUUGGCCGUCCAUCCAUCAACGCGCUGGGUGCCAUAGUAUCCACCCCGCACCUUGCAAUGAAGUUUCCAUCCCCGGAAGGCGACAUCAUCACAGUACAUGGCGACCAACGCGCAGCCAGAGAAUGCUACAUGGCAAGCCUGAAACUCCCACUCCCACCCCUGACAACCCACAACAUUGAACAAUCCCAAGCCCACCCCACUCUGUACGGCGAUGACUUGGACCCCAGAAUAAACUCCGAAACACGCCUCGAACCCGUGGGCGAAACAAGGCAGCUCCCACUCGAACAACAAGGCCACUUCCUCCAGGUUGGAACUUCCCUUCCUGAAGGAGAGGUAGACCACAUAGAGCAAGUGCUCAGGCAGAACGCUGACCUCUUCACCUGGUCGGCGGCCGAUCUCCCCGGCGUUCACCCUAGGAUAGCCGCCCACCGGCUAUCUGUUUUCCCUAACGCAAAACCCAUCUCCCAGAAAAAAAGGAAGCUUGGAGAAAGUAGAAGACAAGCAGCUAUAGCAGAGGUCGAAAAACUAAAACAGGCCGGUUUUGUCGGUGAAGCCCAAUACACAACCUGGCUCGCCAACGUGGUGCUAGUUAAGAAACCCAAUGGGAAGUGGCGCAUGUGUGUAGAUUACACAGACCUGAACAAGGCCUGCCCUCGGGACGCUUACCCAUUACCUAGCAUAGACAGACUCGUUGAUGGGGCCGCAGGACACGCCCUACUGAGCUUCUUAGACGCUUACUCCGGCUAUAACCAGAUACCCAUGGCUGACGAAGACAAAAUCAAAACCGCGUUCAUAACCGAGGAAGCCAACCUUUACUACAGAGUCAUGCCCUUUGGUCUCAAAAACGCCAGCGCUACAUACCAACGCUUGAUGGAUAGAGUCUUCCAGCCACUCUUGGGCAAGACGGUAGAGGUAUAUGUCGACGACAUCAUCGUCAAGUCCCCCAACGCCCAACAACACUCCUCGGACCUAGCGCAGGUCUUCAAAGCCCUGCGCACGUACAACAUCAGGCUCAACCCUGAAAAAUGCACAUUCGGAGUAGACGGCGGGAAAUUCCUGGGCUUCAUGCUCACGCAACGAGGAAUCGAGGCCAACCCCGAAAAAUGUCAAACCAUCAUCGACAUGAGAAGCCCCGCGAAUGUCAAAGAGGUGCAGCGACUAGUGGGCAGACUAACCGCCAUCUCGCGCUUCCUCCCGAAGCUGGCAGACAAAACCAAACCAAUGAUCCAACUCCUGAAGAAGUCGAUAAAGUUUACCUGGGAUGACACCUGCGAACAAAAUUUCAACACUCUGAAGCAAUUCCUCACCACCCCCCCGGUCCUGACCAAACCCGAUCUUUCCCUCCCCCUUGUUAUGUACAUAGUUGCGUCAACAAACGCCAUCAGCUCUGCACUCGUCCAAGAAAGGGACAACACCCAACAUCCAAUAUACUUUACAAGCCGCAUCCUCCAAGACCCAGAAACGCGAUAUCAAAUGGUAGAGAAAGUAGCCCUUGCAAUCAUAACAGCAGCACGUCGCCUACGACCAUACUUCCAAUCACACACAAUCAUCAUCAGAACGGACCAUCCCAUACAAAAAAUCCUGCAAAAACUUGAUUUAGCUGGUCGGCUAUCCUCCUGGGCCAUCGAACUGUCAGAAUUUACUAUCCACUACGAAUCGCAUGGACCCAUCCGAGUACAAUGCCUAGCAGACUUCGCCAAUGACCUUCAAGAGCAAGCCCCUUGUGACACCUGGUGGACCAUGCACGUAGAUGGCUCCUUAAACCCGCUAGGAGCCGGGGCCGGAAUAGUACUGGAAGGACCCGGCAACGUCCUCAUAGAACAAUCUCUACGUUUCACCUUCAAAACAUCCAACAAUCAAGCUGAGUACGAGGCCAUCAUCGCCGGCCUCAAUUUAGCACAAGACGUCGGCGCACGUAAACUCCUAUGCAAGACAGACUCAAAGCUCACCGUAGGACACCUCAACGGUGAGUACCAAAUCAAAGAUCCCACCCUCGCACAAUACUACCACAUGGUAGUAUCCCUGAUCGAGCACUUCGACACUUUCCAGAUUCAACACGUCCCACGAAGCGACAAUACCCGGGUAGACAUUCUCUCAAAGCUCGCCAGUACCAAAAAGAAAGGUCGUUACAAGUCACUCCUCCAACACACCCUAACCACACCCUCCAUUGAGCAACAAAACCAAUGCUUAAGCAUUACUACCACCAACACUUGGACGGAGCCUUUCAUCAGAUACUUAGAAACAGGAGUCAUCCCGCCAAACGAGGAAAAAGGAUGGAUGCGGAAAGCGGCGCGAUACACCCUAAUUGGGGGCGAACUAUUCAGAAGAGGCUUCAGCAAGCCCCUGCUCAAGUGCAUAACUAAGGAAAAAGCCGACUAUGUCAUACAAGAAAUACACCAAGGCAUCUGCGGCUACCACUCAGGACCCAAAACCAUGGCCGCCAGGAUAUUACGCGCCGGAUAUUACUGGCCCACAAUGGAAGAAGACUACACCACGUACGUCCAAAAAUGCGUCCAAUGCCAAAAGCACGGACCGAUUACACACAUGCACCAGGAAGAAUUGCACCACGUCUCCUCACCAUGGCCAUUCUCAUAA